GCAGUAGAUGUUCAAAGAUCUUAGUCACUCCAACCUGCUCUUUAAACAGUACAAUCCAGCUGUACAAGCCAAGCAUCUGCAAUGAAGUGGUUCAAGGAGUAAAUGGAAACGAUCCAGUUAAGUAUUCUCUGUGGCCAGCUUCAAACUACAAGCCACAAGUGCCUCCAAAGCCAUUACAUCUGCAGAAUUCACAGUCAUCCAUUACCCACCAAACCCCUAAGUCUAAAGCUUUGUGUACUACGAAGCCAAGAAUGGAGGAAAUUACACCUAUCUCUUCUUGUGUCUCGAAAGAAAAAUCUAGUAAAGUGUCUGAUCUCAUCAGUCAUUUUGAAGGAGGCAGCACAUCCUUUUCCAAUGCAUUGAAGAAAGACUCCUCUGUUUUAAAAGUUGGUAAACCUCAAGGAAAGAAUGGACCGGUGCCAUCACCUCAGCCAAAAUUCCUCACCCAGCAUUCCCUACACGAGCAGGGAAACAGUAGAGAUUGGUCUCAGGAUGUACAGAAUCACACAGCCAAUGGCAUAAUAGCACAGAAUCAGUGGGACUGCCAAGACAAGUGGUCUGCCCACCGUGCCUGCAGGAGCAUUCAAAAUGACUGUGAUGCAGGGGAUAGCAGUUUGGUAAAUGGAGAAAGAGGAAAUACUACUACAGACUCAUUGCCAACCACAGCAGCUUGCAAGGGGCAGAAGAUCAAGAGCCAUCACUGGGCUCCGGGUGCAAAUUCAUUCCCAUCUGUAAAAGAAGCUGGAGAGAUGAUUGCCACUAGGGAAGAGAAGCGGGGUGAGCCAAGCAGUCAGCGAGACUCUAGCACAGAGACAAAGGAAACAAAUGAAGAGAAAUGUUACAAAAUUGCAAAUGAGCUUUUGCACACUGAAAGAGCUUACGUGAGUAGACUGGCACUCUUGGAUCAGGUCUUUUAUUGCAAACUAAUGGAUGAAGCUAACCGGGGAUCAUUUCCAGCUGAAGUUGUUAAUAAAAUAUUCUCCAAUAUUUCAUCCAUAAAUCAGUUCCAUAGUCAGUUCUUGCUACCUGAGCUUGAGAAAAGAAUGCAGGAAUGGGACACCAACCCCAGAAUCAGUGAUAUUCUGCAGAAACUGGCUCCUUUUCUCAAGAUGUAUGGAGAAUAUGUGAAAAAUUUUGACAAUGCAAUGGAGCUGGUGAAAACUUGGACUGAGAGAUCCCCUUGUUUCAAAUCCAUUAUUCAAGAUAUUCAGAAACAGAAAGUUUGUGGAAAUCUGACAUUGCAGCAUCACAUGCUAGAACCUGUACAACGAAUCCCAAGAUAUGAGAUGCUGUUGAAGGAUUAUUUGAGAAAAUUGCCUGCAGAUUCUCUAGAUUGGAAAGAUGCUGAAAAGUCCUUGGAAAUUAUAUCCACAGCUGCAAGUCACUCUAACAGUGCCAUCCGGAAAAUGGAAAAUUUGAAGAAGUUACUAGAGGUGUAUGAAAUGUUAGGAGAAGAAGAAGAUAUUGUCAAUCCUUCAAAUGAACUGAUAAAAGAAGGGCAAAUACUUAAGCUUGCUGCUCGUAACACAUCAGCUCAAGAAAGAUAUCUCUUCUUAUUCAAUAACAUGUUGCUGUACUGUGUACCAAAAUUCAGCUUAGUGGGAUGUAAGUUUACAGUCCGGACAAGAGUUGGCAUUGAUGGUAUGAAGAUUGUAGAAACCCACAAUGAAGAAUACCCACACACUUUUCAAGUGUCUGGGAAAGAACGAACUUUAGAGUUGCAGGCCAGCUCUGAACAAGACAAAGAAGAAUGGAUAAAGGCUCUUCAGAGCACUAUAGAUGCUUUUCAGCAAAGAAAUGAAACAUUCAGAAAUGCAAUUGCAAAAGAAUACGAUGACAUGCCUAUUGAGGUUUCUACUGCUGAGCUCGGGAAGAGAGCCCCAAGAUGGAUCCGAGACAAUGAAGUGACUAUGUGUAUGAAAUGCAAAGAGCCAUUUAAUGCACUAACAAGGAGGAGACAUCAUUGCCGAGCUUGUGGGCAUGUGGUUUGCUGGAAAUGUUCUGAUUACAAAGCUCAUCUUGAGUAUGAUGGCAAUAAGCUGAACAAAGUCUGUAAAGAUUGCUACCAUAUUAUAACAGGGUGCACUGAUAGUGAAGAAAAGAAAAAAAGAGGAAUCUUGGAGAUUGAAUCAGCAGAAGUGUCGGGAAAUAGUGUGAUAUGUAGUUUUCUACAGUAUUUGGAAAAAUCUAAAACAUGGCAAAAGGCUUGGUGUGUGAUACCUAAACAUGAAGCCCUUGUUUUAUAUAUGUAUGGCGCUCCACAGGUAUGUUAA